AUGGCGUAUCAACGGCGGCGUCAACACUAUUACCAACGGUUCCGGUUAGUGAUCCCGGUGCUUUCCGCCGUCACCGCCGCGCUACUCUUUCUCUUUGCUCUCCUAUCGUUUUUAGCCCCUUCUCCUGUCGAAACCGAUCGAAUGCUCCGGAGACGACAACACACUUUGAUUAACUUUGAAGCGAAUGAGGCGAUUGAGAAUGCUACGUUCCGCGUUCCGAGUAAUGGAGGAAAGUUGGGACGCGAUAUCUGGACUUCUACAAAUUCAGAGCACUUCUACGGCUGUAGCAAUUCCAGCAACAAGUUUCAAAAAGCUCAGGUGGUUACACAUCCGAAUCGAUACUUAUUGAUUGCAACCAGUGGAGGCUUGAAUCAACAAAGAACUGGGAUUACAGAUGCUGUUGUUGCUGCAAGAAUUUUGAAUGCUACCCUUGUUGUUCCAAAAUUGGAUCAACGAUCUUUCUGGAAAGAUUCUAGUAACUUCUCAGAGAUCUUUGAUGUUGAUUGGUUUAUAGCAUAUCUGUCAAAAGAUGUCAAAAUUAUCAAGCAACUUCCCAGUAAGGGUAGGAAACCAUUAUCUGCAUAUAAUAUGCGGGUUCCAAGGAAGUGUAAUGAAAGAUGUUAUAUAACCCGCAUAUUACCUGUACUCCUGAAAAAACAUGCUGUCCAGCUCAGCAAGUUUGACUACAGGCUUGCAAACAGGUUGGAUACAGAAUACCAGAAGUUGAGGUGUAGAGUUAAUUACCAUGCUUUAAGAUUUACCAACCCAAUACUUGCAAUGGGUGAAAAAUUGGUCCAAAGGAUGAGGAUGAGAAGCAAACAUUAUAUUGCACUGCACCUGAGAUUUGAACCUGAUAUGCUUGCAUUUUCUGGAUGUGAUUAUGGUGGAGGGGAGAAGGAGCAAAAGGAACUAGGCGCAAUAAGGAGGAGGUGGAAGACUUUACAUAGAAGCAAUCCUGAUAGGGCAAGGAGGCAGGGAAGAUGCCCAUUAACCCCAGAAGAAGUUGGUCUCAUGCUAAGAGCAUUGGGAUAUGGUUCUGAUGUUCACAUUUAUGUUGCAUCAGGGGAAGUAUAUGGAGGGGAAAGAACACUGGCACCUCUCAAAGCAUUAUUUCCUAAUUACCAUUCAAAAGAGACCAUUGCUACCAAGGAAGAAUUGGAAUCAUUUUCUUCAUUUUCUUCUCGCAUGGCUGCCCUUGACUUCAUUGUAUGUGAUGAGAGUGAUGUAUUUGUAACCAAUAAUAAUGGAAAUAUGGCAAAAAUGUUAGCUGGACGAAGGAGAUACUUUGGGCAUAAACCAACCAUUCGUCCAAAUGCUAAAAAACUCUAUCGAUUGUUCUUGAAUAGAAGUAAUAUGACUUGGGAAGUUUUUGCUUCUAGUGUCCGUAAUUUCCAGAGAGGCUUCAUGGGGGAGCCAAAGGAGGUAAGACCAGGUAGAGGCGGGUUUCAUGAGAAUCCAUCGACCUGCAUAUGUGAAGAUUCCACGGCCAAAGGUGGGAAAAAUUCAGGACCAAGAAAACAAGGAAAGCAUAAUACAACAAAGAGAAAUGCAUCAAAUGAUGAACCGGAUGUUGACAAUGAGUCUGAAUGGCCAGAUAUGGAUGAUGAUGAUGAUGAUCAGAAUGAUCUUGCAGAAAAGGGUACAUUCAAUGAAACAAUGUCGGACUAUGAUGCUCUGAACUUUGACGAACCCGAGUUGGAGGCAAUGAUAUCAGAUUAG